GACACUGAUUACCUUGAUGGAGCUACAAAACGCACUUGGAUAGAAUUAGAUACCGACCGCUGUGCAGGGGCUGGCUUUUUCAAGGUUCACAUAGUGGUUUUCCUCAAUCCUGUGCUGCCCGGCAGGCUCAAAAGUUGCACGUGGAUCCACGUGGAGGGUCUUGGCUAUGAGAUUCGUCGACGAGGGGUUCUCCUUGUCGAGACUAUUUCUUCAAACGACCUGGCCCUCCACGAGGGACAGAUAUUCUCACGACGUUUUAUCGUCCCUCGGCGAACCAGCCUGAGUCCUGGGGUUCCUCAACAACACGUUUCUUUUUCUCUUCGGUCAAUAACUUCCGUCGGCCGAGUCUGCCGAGAAGGAGUCGCGAGUAUCCGCAAACUGUAG